UUAAGGUUCUUUGAGGAAACGAGGUUUUCACACAAAGCUUAGAGAUGGAUGGGUAUGGUUAUGGGUAUAGAUCAGGCUACUCCACCUAUAAUGGGGCUCCGCCACGUGCUAAUGAAUGGAGCGAAGCAAGCUACGCCUCCGAUCACGUUUGCCGGCCGGUCAUCGUCGAUGCCGAGGGCCGGAAAACGCCAAUUAUUGUGAGCAUUCCCAAUCGUUAUGGGCAGAGCUAUGUUGCAAAAGUUGAGACAGUUGUUGAGCAUGUCCGUGUGCCUGUAUUCACACAAUACAGGCAUAGCUCCCCGCCCAAGAUUGAGCCAGUGAAAGACUAUGGAUACGGAUAUGGCUCCCCACCAAAGGUUGAGCCAGUGAAAGACUAUGGAUAUAGAUAUGGCUCCCCACCAAAGGUUGAGCCGGUGAAAGACUAUGGAUACAGAUAUGGCUCCCCACCAAAGGUUGAGCCACUGAAAAUCUAUGGAAGAGUUAAGCCCCCAUCAAAGGUUGAGCCAGUGAGGGACUAUGGAUACAAACAUAGCUCCUUCCCAAGGCCGGUCGAGCCCGUGAAUGAUUCUAGAUACAGAUAUAGCUCGCCACCAAAGGUUGAGCCACUGAAAGACUAUGGAUACGGAUACAGCUCCGGACCAAGGGUUGGGCCCGUGAAUGAUUUUGGAUACAGAUAUAGCUCCCCGCAAAAGGUCGAGCCAACGAGGGACGUCUAUGGAUACAAACCAAGCUCCUUACCAAGGGUCGAGCCCGUGAAUGAUUAUGGAUACAAACAAAGCUCCUUACCAAAGGUCGAGCCCGUGAAAGAUUAUGGAUACAGGAAUAACUCCCCACCAAAGGUUGAGCCGGAGAAAGACUACGGAUUCAAGACGGAGGUGAAAGAUAAGUUUUAUAAUGCCGACAAAUUGCGCAGGCCUUCGAGUCCAGCUGAAGAUCGCCCACAAGAAGUUGAGGACUUCCUCGCCAAAGUCCAGACAGAAGCUAGCCGACCCAGCAGGUUCCCAAAUGCAGCCAACUGGCGCCAAGUACUAGCCCCUCCAUCAAACGCUAAUAACGGCGACAACAAUAACAACAACAAAGAUGACUACAGCCGCAAGAAUGACGCCGCCACGGAGCCAACAACGGUCACAACUGGAGGCUGGGCUAGGCCGAGCCGUUCAGCAUGGCGGGCUGCGCCGGCAAACCGUGAAGGCACGCUCGGGAAACCAACAUCCGACAUUGCCGAAGCUGUGGAGAAUUUGAAGGAAGCUGCAACGGGAUUAUCUGUGGCUUCUGGCGGUCCCCCGCAGUUCUCGCGGAACCCAGCACCAAAAAGAGAGGCGUAUGCAGAAACCAUUGACAGCAGGGAAGCUGCAAGGCGAUACGGCAACUUCAACGGAUCUUCUAGGCCGGAAAAAGCUGGUGAUCAGACUUUCACAGCAACCAUCGAUAGCAAAGAGGCUGCUAGGAGGUAUGGCGGCGCAAAUGUUGAUUGAUCCUGAAUGAUCAAUGCUUCCUGGGAGGUUUGUAUUGUACGUAUGGAAAUAUUAUCUUAAUUAAUGGCAUGCAUGCCUGGCCCUGAGGGCAUCAUAUUAUAUAUAUAAAAUAAGCUUAAGCUUUUGCGUAUAUUGUAGUAAGAAUAUGCAAUAUUAAACGUGAGUAUUUUAUGUA